CGAGCUUGUAUGCAAUUCCGCCUUAGAGUAAAACCCAUCAGUGCAAACAGAGCAAACAUUCUGCCUCGCGAAAAACUUCCUGCAGCAAAUCUGAAUUUCCGAACUAUGUAAGAACCAAAGCUCAGCAAAAUACUACCUGCUAUCUCCGUGCUUGCCAUUCCCGUCCCGAUUGCACGAGAAAAGGAAACUGGAAACCAUGGCGGGAAUUAAACGGAGAGUCGAUACAGCGGACGAUCGAGGCGGGAAACGGACAAAGGUUAAAGACGGAGGGAGAGUGAAAAAGGCGAAGCCGGUGGUGGAAAGCAAGCCAAAGCCCAAGAAGCCACAGAAAAAGCUUGGAAGUAGCGAUGACGAUGACGAUGAUGUCGAUGAAGUGGAGGAGGAAGAAGGUUUUAAUUCUGCUGAAGAGGAUGUGGAUAUGGAGGACCAAUUGUCUGAAAAAGAGGAGGAUACUACUCAGGAGCAGAAAUCGAAGCUUCAUUCGAAAAGUAAGCAAGCAGGCAAAAAUUCGAAGCAGGCAAAUGGAACUGGAGAUGCUGCUCCACCUGUACAAAGUGGGACAUCCUCAAAAGAAUCCCGCGCAAAGCAAAAAGCGCUUGCGCAGGAACGCAAAGCCGCAAAGCCAAAUGCCGACCUCAUCGCCCGCUCCAAGAAGCUUUGGGAGCGCCUGCGCCGCAAAUCAUACGUGCCCCUCGAAGAGCGGAAGAAACUUGUCGAGGAACUAUUCUCCAUCAUCACAGGCCGAGUUAAGGAGUUCGUCUUCAAACACGACUCCGUCCGCGUCAUUCAGACGGCGCUCAAAUAUGCCUCCCCACAGCAGCGCAAGGACAUUGCGAAGGAGUUGAAGGGUGACUAUCGCAGUCUGGCGGAGAGCAAGUAUGCGAAAUUCUUAAUUGGGAAGUUGCUUGUGCAUGGAGAUUCAGAGAUUAGGGAUAUGAUUGUUCCCGAGUUUUAUGGAAAUGUUAAGCGGCUCAUGCGACAUCCGGAGGCGUCGUGGAUUGUAGAUGAUAUCUACAGGACUGUUGCGACUGCUGCGCAGAGGGAUAUGUUACUCCGUGAGUGGUAUGAGGCUGAGUUUGCGGUGUUCAGGAGUGCGAAUUUGGCGGCCGAGACAGCGGAUUUGAGUGAUAUUCUUGCAAAGAAUCCGGAAAAGAGAGGGCCUAUUAUGAGAUAUCUUCAUGAUUUUAUCAACCAUCUCGUUCAGAAGAAAUUUACUGGGUUCACGAUGUUGCAUGAUGCCAUGCUUCAGUAUUUCUUGAAUACCACACCUGGCAGCGAGGAGGCAACGGAGCUUAUCGAGCUCAUCAAGGGUGACGAAGCAGGUGACCUUGCUAAGAAUUUGGCAUUUACGAAGUCAGGUUCCAGAUUAGUAUCUCUCUGCUUCGCAUAUUCGAACGCCAAGGACAGAAAACUGCUGUUAAGAAUGUACAGAGACACGAUAAAAAUGAUGGCCGGCGACGUGCACGGACAAGUUGUCCUCCUUACAGCCUACGAGGUCAUCGAUGACACAAAACUCUCAUCCAAGUCGAUAUUCCCAGAGCUCCUCAACCAGGCAUCCACCGCAGAAGCCCGCCAUGAAGAACUACUCCUGCAAGUUACAGACCUCACCGCGCGGAUUCCCAUCCUCUAUCCCUUCGCAGAAGACACCACGCGCUGGCUCGUCACAGACUCAGAUCAUAAAAAAAUCCUCAAUGAAGUCUUCGCAAUCCGAUCCCAGACGUCCAAAAAGGACCCAAACACACGUCGCCAAGAACUAAUCAAAGCCGCCUCACCCACCCUGCUUGAAUUCAUCGCCGCAAGUGCAGACUCCCUUGUCGAAUCCAGCUUCGGCUGCCAAUUCAUCACAGAAGUCCUCUUCAGCGCAGACGGCGACAGGACCGCCGCUCUAGCCGCCAUCGCAGCCACUCCCACGUCUAAACCCGAAGCGCUGGAGGCUCCCGCUGCGGGGCGGAUGCUCAAGGCGCUCGUACAGGGCGGGCGCUUUAAUAGCAAGACCAAAAGUGUAGAGAAGGUGCAGCCACCACUUAACUUCCACGGGCUGUUCUAUGAGCAGAUUGCUGGCGAUGUGAUGGCGUGGGUUACUGGGGCGAAUCCGUUUGUGGUUCUAGCUCUCGUGGAGGCGGAGGAUUUUGAGAAGAGAGAGGAGCUAGUGAAGACGUUGAAAAAGCAGAAGAAGGUGCUUGGUGAGCUUGCGGCGAAGGAGCCGGUUAAGAAGGGAGAGAAGCGGGGGCCCGUUAGUAGUGCGGCGAAAUUGUUGUUGGAAAAGAUUGGGUAGCAUUUGCGACGCGAUUUUCUAUUUUGUUUUUAUUUUCGUUUAUUUACGCCAGUUUGCAAAUCAAUUAGACGGAUAAAUAUAUUUUAUAAUUUGCAGAAGGGUGUUUGAUCCGUCCUUCAUCUCACCCCGUUUCCAUCUACACGACGAUACAUAUCCCUUAAGAGCCACUUAUUGAUCCCCAGGCCAGGCCUAGCUAUCAGAUUCACCCAAGUGCCGCACAAAAUUUCCAUCCAGCCUGAUCUGAGAAGACAUGUUCGGAUCCAUUAGCACUCAAGCGCGGGAAUUUAUUUUUCCUUUCUCUUCGGUAUUACUCUAAUAUCUCCUGUGCACCGCGCAUCUUUAUCACAUCAGUCUCAAACCGCCAAUGUUACUCGUCGUCGCGGUGGUAGUCACCCCACAUAUUAUCCCCGC